GAUUGGUUUGCAGCGAUAGACCUGAAAGACGCGUACUUUCAUGUGUCCAUUCUCCCUCGUCACAGACCGUUUCUCCGGUUUGCGUUCGAGGGACGGGCAUAUCAGUACAAAGUUUUACCGUUCGGGCUGUCUCUCUCUCCCCGUGUGUUCACGAAAGUAGUAGAGGCGGCGCUAAAGCCCCUCAGAGAGAGCGGUGUUCGCAUUCUGGCUUACCUCGACGAUUGGCUUAUAAUAGCGCAUUCUCGGCGGACGCUGUGCGAACACAGAGAUCUAACACUUCAACAUCUCGCCCGUCUGGGUCUUCGGGUCAACUGGGAAAAGAGCAAACUCUGCCCCACGCAGAGGAUCUCUUUUCUCGGUAUGGAACUGGACUCGAUCGAUUUAUCGGCGCGUUUAACAGAAGAGCGCGUCCAAUCAAUUCUGACUUGCCUCGGUUCAUUCUGAGGGAAGAAUGCGGUCCCUCUGAAACAAUUUCAGAGACUCCUGGGGCGUAUGGCAGCAGCAGCGGCCGUGACACCGCUCGGGCUGCUCCAUAUGAGACCGCUUCAGCGUUGGCUUCACGAUCGAGUCCCGAGGAGAGCGUGGCGCGCUGGCAUUCAUCGUGUAACCAUUACACCUGCGUGUCGCCUAACAUUCCCCCCGUGGUCAGACCCCGCGUUUCUCAGGGCCGGCGUGUCCAUGAGACAGGUCUCCCGGCAUGCUGUUGUGCACACAGAUGCCUCCGACACGGGCUGGGGAGCCACGUACGACGAGCUCACGGCUUCGGGGGUGUGGACAGCACCCCAGUUGCAUUGGCAUAUCAAUUGCCGCGAGUUAUGGGCAGUAUAUCUGGGACUCGUACGCUUCGCUCAGGAGCUGCGAGGGAAGGAUGUACUAGUACGCUCAGACAACACUGCGACCGUAGCGUAUAUCAACCGUCAAGGCGGUUUGCGCUCUCGUCACCUGUCGCAUCUCGCUCGUCAUCUCCUCCUUUGGAGUCAGAAGCAUCUGAGGUCCCUUCGUGCCAUUUACAUACCGGGCUCGCUCAAUACAGCGGCAGACGCGCUUUCCCGAGCAGCGCGCCCCGGCGAAUGGCGACUCCACCCCCAGACGGUCCAGCUGAUUUGGAGGAAAUUCGGUCGAGCGCAGAUAGACCUAUUUGCGUCACCGGACAAUACCCAUUGUCGCCUGUUUUAUUCACUAACCGAGGGCAGCCUCGGCGUGGAUGCGUUGGCACACAGCUGGCCGCGGGGCAUGCGCAAAUAUGCGUUCCCCCCAGUGAGUUUAAGUGAUUUGCCCCAGGCGGUAUCUAACACUAUUGACGCGGCACGAGCUCCGUCUACGAGACGGGCUUACGCGUUAAAAUGGAACCUUUUCGUCACCUGGUGCUCUUCGCAACGCGAGGACCCCAGAGAAUGCCCUAUUAACAUUGUGCUUUUAUAUCUUCAACAUAGGUUAGAUGGUAGGCUGUCACCGUCCACUAUUAAAGUUGAUAUCGCCGCUAUAUCUGCGCAUCACUCACUUAUUAACGGCAGAUCAGUGGGCCAGCAUGAUUUGGUUAUUAGAUUCCUGAGAGGCGCUCGCAGGCUAAACCCCUCGCGCCCUCCUUCUAUUCCUCCCUGGGACCUGUCCAUGGUGCUGAAAGCGCUACAGAGUCCUCCGUUCGAGCCUUUGCAGUCUGCGAGUCUGAAGCUUCUAUCCAUGAAGGCUUUGAUCCUACUAGCAUUGGCCUCGGUGAAGAGAAUAGGGGAUUUACAUGCAUUCUCUGUUGACGAUUCGUGCCUUCAGUUUGGUCCUUCUGUCUCGAGCGUGACCUUGAGACCCAGACCAGGCUACGUGCCCAAAGUUCCCACUACUCCCUUUAGAGAUCAAGUGGUGAGCUUGCAAGCAUUGCCUUUGGAGCAGGCAAACCCAACCGAGGCUUUGUUGUGCCCCGUACGCGCACUGCGAUUCUACGUGGACCGCACGCAAAGCUUCAGGACCUCAGACCAGCUCUUUGUUUGUUAUGGUGGCCAGCAGAAAGGGAAAGCUGUCACUAAGCAGAGGAUGUCUCAUUGGAUAGUUGAUACUAUCGCCCUAGCUUACAAUUUGCAGGGCAUUCCUUGCCCCUUUAAUUUGAGAGCGCACUCCACUCGGAGUGUUGCCUCAUCUUGGGCAUUAGCUCGUGGUUCCUCGCUAACAGACAUUUGUAGAGCUGCUGGUUGGGCGACACCUAAUACGUUCAUUAGAUUCUACAAUGUUCGUAUCGAGCCUGUAUCCUCUCGUGUUCUGUCCUCACCAGGGAGGACACGGAGGGCAGACUCGCAAGUCGGCUUGCAGCCUCCGACUGAGGCUCCAAAUUGAGUUUCAGUAUGGAAGGCUAACAGAGCAAAAAUGCGUAAUGGUUUGAUUUGCUCUCUCCACUGCCUUGACAGCCUUUGUUGCGGAGCAUUGGCUGUCAGCCUUUCACUAGUUGUAUUCUUACGAACCUACGUGUUUGGCCAGGGCCCCACAUUGUGUCCCAACGGGUUCCUUUGUGAGUAUUAUUCCGUGGGGUUAAUCCUACCAGCCCACGUUUCCCUUAGCAGAGCACUGCUUUGCUUACACAGCCACGGCUGUCAUUUUACCUCAACUACGGUUGACUUUCGUCCACCAUUAGCCCUUAACGGGGCGGUGGCUUCCGCAGCGUCCCUAUACCGCUCAGUUAGGGCGCUUCCCAGUCGCUGGCACUACUGUGGGGUUAAAGGAACAUCUAGUGCCCGGCCUUCUGCCUUAAAACCUAAUUCUCCUAUCCUUAAGCGGAACCGGAGGGCUUUAUGCAGACACUGGAAGAGGUCAGCCCCUAGUGGCGUUUUAGUAGGGUUUCCCAAUUCGUCGGUCACGACGUGACGUCGUAGUGACCGACUGAAAGGGAACGUCUCGGUUACGGAUGUAACCCUCGUUCCCUGAAGGAGGGAACGGAGACGUCACGUCCCGUCGCCACAGGUGCUGCCACCUGCUGUUUAGGCCGGUCACCUUCCGGCUUUCUCAGCGAACAGAAGCUGAUUUCCCUAUUUGCACGUGCGCCUUAUAUACGCACCUGGCGGGGCGGCGCCAGCAUUAUGCAAAUAUCUCAAUGCCAA